UACGCAUCUCCGUCCGCCUCAUCUUUCAACCAACUGCCACUUCUCGAGCUUUCUCUCUCUUUCUUCAUCGGAAGGCCUUUUGGCUUGGCGAUUCUCUCUCUAGAUCUUCACCUUCAUGUUUUCUUCUUUGCAAUAGUAAUAAUCUCAUCAAUUUGAAGGCAAGGAAAUGAGGUCUAGAUUGCUUCAGCUCCUGUUGACAUCCUUUUUCUUAUUGACCUAUGUAACUAGUGGUAGUUGUGGUGUUACGAGUAGUUUCAUUCGUUCCGAGUGGCCGUCUGUUGAUAUUCCAGAGGACAACGAAAUUUUUAGAGUUCCUAAAGGCUACAAUGCACCGCAGCAAGUGCAUAUCACACAAGGUGAUUAUGAUGGAAAGGCUGUUAUAAUUUCAUGGGUGACAGCAGAAGCACCAGGUUCAAACACUGUGCAAUAUGGAUUAUCGGAGAAUAAGUAUGACUUAUCUGCAUCAGGAACAGUGGGAAAUUAUACUUUUGGUCCCUACAAUUCUGGAUACAUUCAUCAUACUGUUGUUAAAGAUCUUGAGCACGACACCAAGUACUAUUACAAGAUUGGAGAGGGGGAUUCUGCGAGAGAAUUUUGGUUUCAAACACCUCCCGAGAUUGGCUUGGACACUCCUUACACAUUUGGAAUCAUUGGUGAUCUGGGCCAAACAUACAACUCUCUUUCCACUCUUCAACAUUACAUGGAGAGUGGAGGACAGGCAGUUUUGUUCGCUGGUGAUCUUUCUUAUGCGGACAGGUAUUAUUAUGAGGAUGUUGGCAAACGUUGGGAUACAUGGGGACGUUUUCUUGAACAAAGUGCAGCAUAUCAACCAUGGCUUUGGAGUGCUGGAAAUCAUGAAAUAGAGUACAUGCCAUACAUGGGGGAGAGUAUUCCUUUUAAGUCGUUCCUCCACAGAUAUCCUACACCUUUUGCAGCCAGCCAAAGCAGUGAACCUCUUUGGUAUGCUGUAAGACGUGCAUCAGCACACAUAAUUGUGCUCUCUAGCUAUUCUCCAUUUGUGAAAUACACUCCUCAGUGGAGGUGGCUCCAGGAGGAGCUGCAAAGGGUGGAUAGGGAGAAAACACCUUGGCUUAUUGUCAUUAUGCAUGUCCCACUUUACAACAGUAAUGUAGCUCACUUCAAGGAAGGUGAAAGUAUGCGUCCUGUCUAUGAGGAGUGGUUUGUCCAAUACAAAGUUGAUGUAAUCUUUGCGGGUCAUGUUCAUGCAUAUGAAAGAUCGUACCGCAUUUCAAACAUCCAUUACAAUAUAUCAAGUGGAGAUCGGUAUCCCAUACCCGACAAGUCAGCUCCUGUGUAUAUUACAAUUGGAGACGGAGGAAAUCAGGAAGGUCUUGCUUCAAAGUUUAGAGAUCCACAACCUGAUUACUCUGCAUUCCGAGAAGCCAGUUUUGGGCAUUCAACUCUAGAGAUUAAGAAUAGAACGCAUGCCUUAUAUCACUGGAACCGCAAUGAUGAUGGAAAGAAGGUGGCAACUGACGCCUUUGUGCUACAAAACCAGUACUGGGGAAGCAAUGGACGUAGAAGGAAACUUGAAAAGAACCACCUGAAAAUGCUUGUGGCUAAAAUGUCUUCAGGCUGCAAAGGAGGACUCCAGAUGUCCGUCUGAUGCCCCCAAAGAGUUACUGGCAUCAUCAUCAUGAUCAUCGUCAACACGUAAGUUAUUUUGUGUGUGUUUGAUGUUGUUAAGGAUGAAACUCAUGAAAUGUAAUGUACUAAUUUGUGCUUGCUUGUAGUAUAAAUUAAAAUGUCUAAGGACAACAAAUAUUUACUCUAUUUUUAUGAAUAAGAAACAAGUAAAACGUUUUAAUUUUA